UUUAAAUGGGAAAUACUUGUUGCUCCCAAGAAGUGAUAAGUAAUGAUUGACUGUUUAUUUCUAGCCAACACCCCAGAGAUUGAAAUUAGACCCAAAGAGCUAAAUAACAAUGACAAGCAGUUGAGCACUCAAGCGACAAGUAUGAUCUCUACCCAUCUUAACCUUUAGAGAAAUCUACCUAUCUCAAACUGAGUCCCGAUCUCUUCAUCCACAUGAAACGAGAGGACAUCUUCAGCCAAUACUCAAUAGGCAAGGCUCUGGGUGAAGGUAAUAUUAAGUUAGAUUUUCCGUAGGUGCCUAUGGUUAGGUCUCUCUGGUGACGAACAAAAGAACUGGUAUGCAAUUCCAUCCUAUCGUCCUAGGUAUUGUGAGAGCCAUGAAGGCCAUCAAAAAGGAUUGUCUCUUCGAAGAGGAAGAAUAAAGACUAUUUUAAGAGAUGAACAUAUUGAAGGACCUCGAUCACCCCAACAUAGUCAAGCUCUGCGAAUUGUUCCAAGACGAAAAGUGCUAUUAUCUCAUCACCGAGUACUCAAUAUCCUCUCUACAUUAGAUAUCUAAAUGGAGGUGAGUUAUUCGAUCGAAUACAAAAAGCCAAGACCUUCAGCGAAAGAGAUGCAGCCAACAUUAUGAAACAAAUAUUAUCUGCUGUUGCCUAUUGUCACACCAAAUAAAUUGUACACAGAGAUCUCAAACCCGAAAACAUCAUUUUUACUUCCACUGAUGAUGAUGCCCAAUUAAAGAUCAUUGAUUUUGGAACCUCCAGGAGAUUUGAAAAUGAUAAGAAAAUGACCAAAAGACUUGGCACUGUAAGUUAUCAUCCCCCAUAUCUCCUCUAGCCCUACUACAUAGCUCCUGAAGUACUCCUCAAAAAAUACAAUGAAAAAUGUGAUGUGUGGUCGUGUGGUGUCAUCCUCUACAUUUUAUUGGCUGGCUACCCUCCCUUCUACGGCAAGAAGGACAUCGACAUCUACCAAAAGAUAGUCAAGGCCAAUGUCCCAUUCUACAGUACUAUCUUCUGAUAUUAAACCCUUUUAGCUGAAGAAUGGUCCAAAAUUAGCGAUCAAGCAAAGUCAUUGAUCUUAAAAAUGCUCUGCAAAGAUGCUGAGUAAAGAAUAAGUGCAAAGGAUGCCUUGGCUGACCCUUGGAUGAUCGAGCAUAAUUAAAGCAAUCUAGUUGAUCAGCAGUUCCUUAAGAAUCUCUCAGAAUUCAGUGCCAAAAGCAAACUAAAACAGGCUCUUCUAACUUUCAUGGCCUGUCAAAUGAUCUAAUAACAUGAAGUGGAGGACCUACAAAAAUUAUUCAAAGAAUUAGACACUAAUUGUGAUGGAACUGUUUCAAAGGAGGAACUAAAGAAAGCAUUUUAAGAUAAAAUCAUGAAUAAAGACUACUUUGUUGAAUCCAUCGAAGAAAAGAUCGAAAAUCUCAUUCAACAAAUAGACAUCAAUCAAUCUGGCAAAAUUGAUUACACUGAAUUCAUCAUCGCAAGUCUACAACAACAACGUUUGAUCACUGAAGAGAAGAUCAAAUAAACAUUUAAAAUAUUGGACAUUGUAUUUCCUAUCUAUAUAAAUAUUUCCUUAGGAUGGCGAUACUUACAUAUCAAAAGGGGAGUUUUAGAGAGCCAUGGAAGGAGUCGAUGAUGUCAUAUGGGGAGAGUUCUUAGAGGAAUGUGAUGAUGAUAAAGAUGGUAAAAUUUCGGAAGCAGAGUUUAUUUAAAUAAUACUAAAGAAAAUUUGA